AUGAAGAACCCACUCGCUGACUGCAUGCAUGAUCGGGCAUAUCAAGAGCUGAAAGGAUAUUCUAAAAAUGGGGAUAAUUACUGCAAGCAAGUCUUAUCUAUCCUUCAGCAGAGGACCAGUUUGGAGAUUACAUAUGGUAAAGGACUGGAGAAAUUGGCAAACAAGCUUGCCAAAAUGCUGAAUAAAAUACAAGUGAACUAUAGUCAUAGAACUUCACUUUGUGUUUCUGAGGAGCUGAAAUCUGCAUCAGAUUUGCACAGAAAACUUGGCAAAGCCAUUCAGACCGAAGCGAUCAACCCAAUGAAUCGUAUCCUGCAGGACCAUGAAAAGAAGAAAAAAAUAGUAGAUAAUACAGUUGAGAAGGCAGCUGAAGCAGUUAUCAGCAACUGGCGUCAACAGUUAAAGGCCAAGAAGAAGUUAAAAGAGCUAACCAAGGACCAUGAAGCCCUUUUCCGCAAUACAGAAAGCUCCCACCCGCUGGCUUCCCCAAAGACCAAAAAAAAGUUGCUCAGAAAUCUAGAAAAAUCUGCAAUCAAACUGGCAAAGGAUGAUGAAGACUAUUAUAAGAAGAAUGUAGCUGCCUGUGAAACUCGGGUGAAAUGGGAGCAUACGUUAGAAAAUGGGCACCAGAGUAUUCUUGAUCUUGAAAAAGAGAGACUCCUGCUUCUCUGCAAUACGCUACAUCGUUAUAGCCAGCUUCUUUCUCAUUUUGGACAAAGCCUCAUUGCUUGCCAUGCAAAGGUUCACAACACUGUCACUGAAGCAGAAGUUGACGAGGACAUGCAGAUGUUAGUGAAUGAAAUGUCAGUAACCACCGCAGAGACAAAACUGGAGUUGUUGUUAACAGACUACUAUGAAGAAGAUCUGAUGAGCCUAAUUGAAAAAGAGAGGAGACAAACUGCCAUUAAAGCUAAAAUAUUACGGGUACAAACAGACUUGGAGAAAGUCCUACAGGACAAAACAGGCCUAGAACGGAUGCUUCAGGCUUACAAAGAAACCCCACAGUUUUCAGAUGCAAAGAAUAUAAAUGAUAUCACCGCACAACUUAGUGAGGCAACUCUGAAAGCUGCCCUUCUGCGAGCAAACCAUUUCAAGUUGGGGAGUGUGCUAGCUGAAAUUGAAGAAAGGCCUAAACCAUCUUGUCUCUGGAAUGACAUUUCAAAAUGGAAAGAAAAGGACUGUGUACAUAGUUCUGUGACAAUCACUUGCCCUGUUACAAUGAGGAGCAUUAAGCAGACCUUGAAAACAAGGACCACCAGUGAAGCUGGGAUUAGCUCAAGCUGUCUGCCAGAAACACUGGGUAGUGCGAAGUCCACCACCUGCUUGCAGCUGGAGAAUGGCAAUUCAGUAAGCAGAACGUGUCGAGCUUUGUAUGAUUACCACACAGAAAGAGAGGAUGAGCUUUGCUUAAGUAAAGGUGAUGUAAUUGUAAUUCAUCACAAAGACAAGAAUGGCUGGUGGUAUGGUUCUAGAAAUGGGGAAAAAGGCAAUUUUCCUGCUACGUAUGUGGAAGAAGUCACUCUCUCGGCUGACAGGAGUGAUGAAGAAUCUUCUCUUUAAAAAGAAAAUGAAAAAUAACCACACAGAUAUGGAUAGCAAGUUCAACUGACAUGUUUCUAUGCUCACAAUGGAAGCCAAACAAUAAUUUUCUCUAUUUAUAAGAAGCUAUGAAACUGAAAUUUGAUGAAUUAUCAUUGUAACAAAACAAUGAGAGACAACAAUUAAAUCCUUUUCAAAUGAUACUAACUAUUAAAUCAUCAUAUUAACUUGUCAUUUAAUGAGUUGUUGGGAGAAGAUCUUUGCAAUGUAAUGAAAGGGAAACUGACAUUUAUUUCUGAAAUGCAAGAGGAAGCCAAUUUACCAUAGGCUAUUCAUAAACUGAAUUGCCAUGACAUAGCCAAAUUCCACACAAGUGCUUUAUGAGAUCCAUAAGACUUUAGAAGGACAUGAAGAUAAUAGCAUCCCUAUUGCAAAGCUGAGUACACCAGAAAUUUGUUCUGCCAGAAGAUACAAGACCUCCAAUUUGCAAAUAUAUUCCCUUUUUAAGAUGAGAGGCCCCUAGAUACUCUUCUGCCUCAUGAUGAGGUAGGGUCAAUCAUUCGAUAGAUAACCUGUAACUAUUUCCUAAUUCUAUUAUGUUAUAGUUAGAUAUGUUACAUUUAAAUCCUACCUUUCUUUCAAGAGUUAUGUGCAGCAUACCAGAUUCUCCGCCCACACCUCUUGUAUUCUCACAACCGCCCUCUGCCUA